UCUCUUGUCAUACUCUCUCUCUCUCUCUUUCUCUAUUUAUCUGUCUCUUACUUUGUCACUGUGUGAGUCCAAGAAAUGACUGAGGCUUGUAUUUUAGUAGAUCAGGAUCAGUUAAUCUGUCCGGCGUGUCAGGAUUUCCUGAAGGAUCCAGUGGCUAUCUCCUGUGGUCACACUUUCUGUAAGGUGUGUAUUAAUGACUGCUGGGAUCAGGAGGAUCAGAGUGGGGUGUACCGCUGUCCUCGGUGCAGAGACACUUUCACUCCAUGGCCUGUUCUCCACAGAAACAACAUGCUGGCUCAAGUGGUGGAGAAACUCAAGAAGAAGUCUGGAGAAUCCUAUCUGACGUUUCUGUCGUAUCUGAUGUGGAUGAUCGUUCUGAUUUGUCUGGCCUGUUUUAUGUCUCCUGAAUCCGUUUGGAAACCUGUGCAAAACUAUCAAUUACUCGAUUUAAAAACAGACAAGAUGGACAAAGCACCUGUAAAGAUCUGCUCUGAGCAUGAUAAAGUGCUGGAGGUCUACUGCCGCACUGACCAAAGCUUCAUCUGUUAUUUGUGUAUGAUGGAUAAACACAAAGGCCACGAGACUGUUUCUGUCAUAUCAGAAAGAGAAGAAAAACAGAUUAAGUUAAAGGAGGAGCAGAUGAAAUCUCAGCAGAGAAUCCAGGAGACGCAGAAGAAGGUGCAGGAGCUGAAACAGGCUGUGAACACUAUAAAGCUGAGUGCGCAGACAGCAGUGGAGGACGGUGAGAGGAUCUUUACUGAGCUGAUCAGCUCCAUGAAGAAAAAGCGCUCGGAGGUGACGGAGCUGAUCAGAGCUCAGGAGAAGACUGAACUGAGUCGAGCUGAACAAAUCCUGGAGCAACUGGAGCAGGAGAUUGCUGAUCUUCAGAGGAGACUCACUGAGCUGGAGCAGCUUUCACACACACAGGAUCACAUUCAUUUCCUCCAGGGUCUCCAGUCUCUCAGUGUCUCUUCUGGACGUGAGGACUCACCCAGCAUCACUGUCAGUCAACAUCUCUCAUUUGAUGCAGUGAGGAAAUCUCUCUCUGAUCUGAAAAAGAAACUCGAGGAAUUCUGCCAGUUCCUGUUCAUCAAAAUCCCUCAACAUGCUGCAGCAGUUCAGGUGAUUUUACCCCCAGAACCAAAGACCAGAGAAGAUUUUCUGCACUAUUUCUGUAAUCUGACUCUGGAUCCCAACACAGUAACUCAAGAACUCAUUCUGUCUGAGAGGAACAAAGUGGUGACGUACAAUAAGACAAGGCAGCCGUACGCUUAUCAUCCAGAGAGAUUUGACUCCUACUUGCAAGUGUUGAGUAAAGAGAGUGUGUGUGGACGCUGUUACUGGGAGGUGGAGUGGAGCAGUGAGAGGCGUGUAUUCAUAUCAGUCUCAUAUAAAGACAUCAGCAGGAAAGGACGGGGUAUUGAGUGUUUGUUUGGAGCCAACAAUCAGUCCUGGAGUCUGCAGUGUUCUCCUUCUUCUUUCUCUUUCUAUCACAACAACAUUAAGACAGACAUCAGUGCUCCUUCAUCCACCAGAAUAGGAGUGUUUGUGGAUCACAGUGCAGGAACUCUGUCCUUCUACAGCGUCUCUGACACAAUGAAGCUGCUUCACAAAGUCCACACCACAUUCACUCAGCCUCUGUAUCCUGGGUUCUUGCUCAACAAUAAUAGAGCAACUGUGAGAUUAUGUGAUCCAGAAUAAAAUGCUCAUGAUUUCUUCUUUAUAUGAAGCUCCC